CUUUUUGUUUACAUUCGUUUAUACUUGUAUCAUGACAGUAAGGAAAUAUGUACAGUGAAGUGUAGAUGGCAGAUGUUGCUGUCCUCCGCCAAAAUCAUUAUCCCCGAGGAUUAUUAGCAUGGGGGCCAUUCUCAUUCAUUGCGUGGCCAGCGCAGGUCAAAGCGUUGCAAAGCCUGUCUGGCUUGUGUUAUCGGUUAGGAGUUGGAAAAAAGAUUUGCCCAUUGCAAGUGGCAUUUGAUCGCCAUGGGCUUUGCUUUCGAAUAAACUCCGAUGUGUUUCGCGGCGCAUGUGGUAUGACCGCGCCAGCUAGUGGCGGAGCUGGGUCGUCGCUAACCCAGUGAGGGCUUCGGUCCUCUAAUGUGUACGGAGGGACCUGCAGGCAAUGCCCGCGUCGGUCGCAAAUCGGUCAGCGACGAUUGCUUGCGGGCGCGCGAUGCUCGCAUAUCUGUCGCGAGAUGGAUUGUCGCAAAGCAAAG